UUCAUCAGUCACUCUGGCCUUCUCUCUCUCCAUCUGACCAGCAGGCCAUCACUCGUCCUCAGAAUGUCUAUGCCCAAAUCAGAGAACACCUCCACCCUGGAGAACGCCAUGCAGCUCUUGAUCCAGACCUUCCAUAAGUACUCUGGGAACGAGGGGGACAAAUACACACUGAGCAGGGCUGAGCUCAAAGAGAUGCUGACCGUAGAGCUCGGCAACUACCUGGGGAAUGCCCAGGAUAAGGAGGCAGUGGAUAAGGUGAUGGCAGACCUGGAUUCCAACAAUGACGGGGAGGUAGAUUUCACAGAGUUCAUCAUCCUGGUCGGGGCUCUUACUGUGGCCUGCAACGACUUCUUCUUGGAGUGCAACAAUAAGCCAGAGAAGAAGUAGUGAACACGCCCUCUAAACACCCACACGCUCCACAGUUGAGACGGAAGAGAAGGUCAUCAUGUCAUGGACCUCACAUUCACACACAGAUAACACACACACACACACACACACACGCACACACACACACACACACCUAAUGCAGUAAACGUCCAAUCAUUCCAUUACAAGCCGUAUGUAUUGCUAUGUAAACAUCUAAAUAGUUUAAGUCAGUUUCAAGACCUGUUAUCAUUAUUGAAUAUAUGGAUGUAUUUCUCUUCCUUUUUGUCUUUUUGUGUAUUUUAUAACACAUUCAU